AUGCUCCAAAACAGGAAAGAUUUGAGAGAUCCGGGUAAUUUCCUUUUUGGGACCACUGAUUGUUCUCCCGGCGGGGGUGAUGUUGGGCUGUUUUACCCUAAACCGGAAGGAAGCUUGAUAUUUAAAAGAGCAAUAUCGGCUGUCCAUUCUAAGCCAUACCUCAAGAGAUACGAGAAAACGCGGAAGAAAGAUCAAAAACGGCCUCCUCACCAAGCGACAUCCGCGACGUCACGCUCACCUCCACAUUCUGGACCUCAAUACAAGCCCGUUCGCGCGAUAUCACCAUUCCAGCAAUCAUUAACGCCCAAAAAUCACUACAACGUCACGGAGGCUGCAUGUUACUUUUUGCUGAAGAAUGACGACGACGACGCAAACCUGCGACAAGAGGUUGAGCAGGCCGUUGAUAUGAUUCGCGCCGCGCAGCAUGAGGAUGGGUAUUUGAAUUCGUAUUAUACUGUCCGGGGCAUAAGCAAGAGGUGGACGAACGUGAGAGAUAUGCAUGAAUUGUAUUGUCUAGGUCAUCUGGUAGAAGCCUGCGUUGCGUAUGAGAUAUUGACGGAUAGUGGGCGACUCUUGGAGCCUGUCAUGAAGGCAUUGCGACAUGUCGAUUCGGUGUUUGGUCCCGAAGAAGGGAAACUACAUGGAUACCCAGGCCACCCAGAAAUUGAAUUGGGAUUAUUGCGACUUUAUAACCUUACAAAGGAUCCAUUGCCUCUCAAACUGGCAAAGUACUUUAUCCUGGAGCGAUGUCAAAAGGAUGAAAAUGGGGAGAUCUUCUACGAUCACGAAGCGAGAGCUAGAGAAGGCGAUCCGGAUGAUCACAUGAGCACCGAAUUGCCGAAUCCGUACCACCAUCCCAGAUACUACGAAUAG